CACACCUCCUCCCACUCGCCUAAUGUAAGAUGUCGUUGUUCACAGACUGACCUGACUAACUGUGGAUGCAAUGUCACCGGGAAUUACUCAGGUCGCGUCCUCCAGGUGACAGGUGGCUACACAGGUGAUGCGCUCAAAGUCGUGGCGCAGAGGUACCAGCAUGUGGGGGGCGUUGGAUCAGCUGAGGAGUUGGUGAGCGUAGCGUGGCACCCCGAGGAAGAGAUGCUGCUCAUGGCGGCUCCCAGGACCACCCUCAGCCUGGCCAGCGGCCAUGAGGGCCAGGCGGGGCAGUGGUGGCGGCUGUGGUUGAGAGGCGGUGAGGAAGAGCGCGGCAAGGCCUCCAGUGGUGACCCCGCGCCGCCUCAGCUUGACCAAGAGCGAGACGCAGCCGGAACCGAGGCAGGACGGGGCGUGGUGGUGCGCACUCAGUUCUCUGAAUCCAUCUUUGGCGUAUCUGUGGACUCGCUGAUGCCGGGGAAGCGUCGGCGUCUCCUGAACCUCACCGUCACGCCACACACUGGAGAACACUGGCAGGUGAGCCUACAUGUGCCAAUUAUCUCUACAGCCCUCGAGUGGGAGACGAAGCUCUGGAAAAAUCAGGGCAAGCAACAUUGGGAAGUUAAUGGGGAAGUCAAGUCUACCAAAUCUGACAUAUCGUUAGAAUUCGUUCACUUCAAGCAGGAGAAGCAGGACGAGGAGACUCAGGUCACGGAUGACAGAGGUGAGGCUGGCAGGUGUGAUGCUGAAGGUUGUGGGGACGGCAAUGUCAAGGAGCCAAAAGCCAAGUCGCGGCACCACGUCGACAGUGAUUGCGACUCAGAUUUAAGAAAAGAACAGACAGUAGACCAGAAUGAAGUUUGUAGUGGUCGAGAUCAUAAAUCAGAAGACUUAAAGCAAAAUGAUCCUGAUUCCAUAAUGGUAAAUGUAGACGAAGAAUGUUCCAGGAAAGCGGAGUGUGAUGGACCGGAAGAGUCAGUGUCAAGUGACGCUGUUCAAGAGACUACACAAAAAUUAACUUCCCGGGUUUUCAGCCUUUCUUCCAACAUGAAGACUUACGUCUCAUCUGACGGAGGACGCUGGAUUCGGAUCCUGCAGCGCACACACCUGGCAUUCUGUCCUCGCCUUGGCUGGAACUUGAACCGUGCGGCGUUGAUGCUGGUAACAGUGGUGGGGAUCCCGGCACACAGCCAGCAGGCAUCGGCAGCAUCCUUCCGCCUGGUCACCGCUUACACGUUAAACCGAACUGAUGACUCCACUCAAACAUUUCUCAGAGUGGGGACCUCUCCCUCCACCCGGUCCCUUACCUUGGCUCUGCAGACUGACCUGACUAACUGUGGAUGCAAUGUCACCGGGAAUUACUCAGGUCGCGUCCUCCAGGUGACAGGUGGCUACACAGGUGAUGCGCUCAAAAUCGUGGCGCAGAGGUACCAGCAUGUGGGGGGCGUUGGAUCAGCUGAGGAGUUGGUGAGCGUAGCGUGGCACCCCGAGGAAGAGGUGAGAGAGCGAUUGUUUAUACCUCGCAUAGAGCGAGACGCAGCCGGAACCGAGGCAGGACGGGGCGUGGUGGUGCGCACUCAGUUCUCUGAAUCCAUCUUUGGCGUAUCUGUGGACUCGCUGAUGCCGGGGAAGCGUCGGCGUCUCCUGAACCUCACCGUCACGCCACACACUGGAGAACACUGGCAGGUGAGCCUACAUGUGCCAAUUAUCUCUACAGCCCUCGAGUGGGAGACGAAGCUCUGGAAAAAUCAGGGCAAGCAACAUUGGGAAGUUAAUGGGGAAGUCAAGUCUACCAAAUCUGACAUAUCGUUAGAAUUCGUUCACUUCAAGCAGGAGAAGCAGGACGAGGAGACUCAGGUCACGGAUGACAGAGGUGAGGCUGGCAGGUGUGAUGCUGAAGGUUGUGGGGACGGCAAUGUCAAGGAGCCAAAAGCCAAGUCGCGGCACCACGUCGACAGUGAUUGCGACUCAGAUUUAAGAAAAGAACAGACAGUAGACCAGAAUGAAGUUUGUAGUGGUCGAGAUCAUAAAUCAGAAGACUUAAAGCAAAAUGAUCCUGAUUCCAUAAUGGUAAAUGUAGACGAAGAAUGUUCCAGGAAAGCGGAGUGUGAUGGACCGGAAGAGUCAGUGUCAAGUGACGCUGUUCAAGAGACUACACAAAAAUUAACUUCCCGGGUUUUCAGCCUUUCUUCCAACAUGAAGACUUACGUCUCAUCUGACGGAGGACGCUGGAUUCGGAUCCUGCAGCGCACACACCUGGCAUUCUGUCCUCGCCUUGGCUGGAACUUGAACCGUGCGGCGUUGAUGCUGGUAACAGUGGUGGGGAUCCCGGCACACAGCCAGCAGGCAUCGGCAGCAUCCUUCCGCCUGGUCACCGCUUACACGUUAAACCGAACUGAUGACUCCACUCAAACAUUUCUCAGAGUGGGGACCUCUCCCUCCACCCGGUCCCUUACCUUGGCUCUGCAGACUGACCUGACUAACUGUGGAUGCAAUGUCACCGGGAAUUACUCAGAUCGCGUCCUCCAGGUGACAGGUGGCUACACAGGUGAUGCGCUCAAAGUCGUGGCGCAGAGGUACCAGCAUGUGGGGGGCGUUGGAUCAGCUGAGGAGUUGGUGAGCGUAGCGUGGCACCCCGAGGAAGAGAUGCUGUUCAUGGCGGCUCCCAGGACCACCCUCAGCCUGGCCAGCGGGCAUGAGGGCCAGGCGGGGCAGUGGUGGCGGCUGUGGUUGAGAGGCGGUGAGGAAGAGCGCGGCAAGCCCUCCAGUGGUGACCCCGCGCCGCCUCAGCUUGACCAAGAGCGAGACGCAGCCGGAACCGAGGCAGGACGGGGCGUGGUGGUGCGCACUCAGUUCUCUGAAUCCAUCUUUGGCGUAUCUGUGGACUUGCUGAUGCCGGGGAAGCGUCGGCGUCUCCUGAACCUCACCGGCCAGCACUCACACCCACAUCUACCUGCCUUCCUUAUCCUUAACUUUAUGUACAUCAGUAAUUAUCAACCAGCUUACUGACUUGCCACUAACAGACUGACUGCUGAGUGUAUCCCAGUCGUUCUACCACUCUAUCUGAGAACCAACUUCUUUUUCAGUGGCAUAAGUUGUGUGUGUGUGUGUGUGUGUGUGUGUGUGUGUGUGUGUGUGUGUGUUUAGCCGAUGCAAGAGAUCUGCUCCCCACUCUGGUUCUUUAUACGUGCAUGACUAUGUGAUUAUGCUUAUUCACGUAAAUACAAGUGUAGUAUAUUUACAGUAUUGCUCUCUUCAUUAAACGUAAUCUUAUGAAAACACUCAACAUUGCUUACAUUUAGACUUCCAAUAAUGUUUACCUCAGCGAGCGAACACUACGAGAGGUUUUGCAGAAAUUAUUACAAUUUGAAUGUGUAGACAGAAUGAAAAGAGAAUGACGAACGAGACUAAUAGCUGCAGGUAAAGAUAAAGAGAGCUGCCUGCUAAUGCAUCGGUUUUAGAUAACGGUGGUGGUGUGUGAGUUGGCGAAGUAGUCACGGAGGUGUUGUUAACCCUCUUUCUGCCACGGCCGUCUUUCGUUAGCACUAAGACCACUGUAAUAAAUUGUUUGGAUGGGUAUAAAGGAAAAAAAAGAGAAUAUGAUGUUAAUUUAAUCUUUGCUAAGCCACAGAAGUUCGUAUUUAAGAGACUGUACUACAAAGAAAUCUGAUGAUGAUAACGAGGAUUGAUUAGCACCGGAAGAGUUAAGGUGCAGCCUGUACAUUACGAGGUCUGAUACAUUUCGCAUCCACCACAGUCAUUUGUUUGGUCAUGGUCACGCACAAGAUUAUCGGAAAACCUUCUUGGCAAAAUUGUGCUUUGUUGUAAAGUGUCCUUAGAGUCAAAAUGUUCAGAGAAGGAUUAACUUUUUAUCUCUCUCUCUCUCUCUCUCUCUCUCUCUCUCUCUCUCUCUCUCUCUCUCUCUCUCUCUCUCUCUCUCUCUCUCUCUCUCUCUC